AUGCACGGCACCGGCGGUCUGCAGGCUCCGCUGACUCCGUUCAAGCCCUUCUCCCACGGAUAUCUUGCCGCAACAAAAGAUCGUCAGCAACCAUUAUGCGGUAACGCCGAGGGAUGGGGCCCCUUGAGCCCGUACCGCUACGACUUCACGCCAUGCUUUCUGGAUGUAUGGAUAUCGGUGGUGGCUGUUUGGGGGAUUGUUGCGGGUGCAGCGGCAAUAUGGUACCUCUUCAAGAAGUGCUCCGCCCAACCUGUCUCAAAGAAUUGGCAUUUCUAUGCUAAGCUUAUUACCAUUGGAGCUCUCAUUAUUACCUCUGCGUUACAGGCUGCCCUACAAAUUGAAUACUUCACCGGGAUAUGGGCGGGCGACUUCCGAUUCUGGACAACCAUACUUACGAUUCUCUCGCUAGGCGUCAUAUUCUACAUACAAUACAUCGAACACUGGAGGUCGCGAAACGCCAAUGGAGUGGUAUUGUUCUACUGGCUCUUUCUCCUGAUAGCCUUCGGGGUCAAAGUCCGAUCACUGGUCUCCCAGCAGAUGUAUAAAGAACAUCUGGCAUACUUUGUUGUGUUCUGCGUGAGCGUUGCGUUGGCCGGACUCGAAUUCAUCCUGGAGUGGCUUGUGCCCAAAAAGCUCAGCGCAUAUGAUGCCUUGGGUGACGAUGAUGAGUGCCCCUUUGAGUAUGCGGACGUCUUCUCGGUCUUGACAUUUGGCUGGAUGACACCUAUGAUGAAGUAUGGGUACAAAUCGUUCCUCACCCAGGACGACCUUUGGAAUCUUCGGAAGCGCGACACCACAAAAGCGACGACAGAAUCCUUCAAUCAUGCGUGGAAUCACGAGCUCGAGAAGAAGCAUCCAUCGCUGUGGAUGGCCCUUUUCCGCGGAUUUGGAGCCCCCUAUUUCCGAGGCGCGUGCAUCAAGACAGUGAGCGACACCCUGGCUUUUGUUCAGCCCCAGCUACUCAGGCUGUUGAUUGUAUUUGUGGACUCAUAUCGUGGCGACGAGCCCCAGCCGGUCAUUCGCGGAGCUGCGAUUGCGUUGGCAAUGUUCGCGGUUUCAGUCUCUCAAACCGCCUUUGUACACCAGUACUUUCAACGGUCCUUCGAAACAGGGAUGCGAAUAAAGUCUUCUUUGACCGCUGCAAUCUACUCCAAGUCAAUGCGACUGUCAAAUGAAGGCCGCGCUGCAAAAUCUACGGGUGACAUUGUUAACUACAUGGCUGUGGAUACCCAAAGACUCCAGGAUCUCGCCCAGUAUGGGCAGCAGCUCUGGUCCGCACCUUUUCAAAUCACACUAUGUAUGCUUUCUCUAUACCAGUUGGUUGGUUUUAGCAUGUUUGCCGGUGUUGGCGCUAUGCUCGUUAUGAUUCCUGUGAACGGAUUCAUCGCCAGGAUCAUGAAGACACUUCAAAAGCAACAGAUGACGAACAAGGAUUCCCGUACACGGCUAAUGACCGAGAUAUUGAACAAUAUGCGGUCUAUCAAGCUAUAUGCCUGGACAACUGCAUUUUUCAAGAAGCUGAACUACAUUCGGAACGAUCUGGAACUCAAGACUCUCCGAAAGAUUGGGGCGACUCAAGCUUUCGCCAACUUCACUUGGUCCACUACACCAUUUCUCGUGUCGUGUUCAACUUUUGGGGUCUUCGUGCUUACACAAAAUACCCCCUUGACCACAGACAUUGUCUUCCCGGCACUCACGCUCUUCAACUUGCUCACGUUCCCGCUGGCGAUCCUUCCUAUGGUUAUUACCUCCAUUGUCGAAGCUAGUGUAGCGGUUGGCCGCAUAACGAGCUUCCUGCUCGCGGAAGAACUUCAGGAGAAUGCUGUGUUGCGGGAAGAUUCUGUCGAAGAGACCGGAGACGAAUCUGUCCGCGUGCGCGAUGCGAGUUUCACCUGGAACAAAGCCGAAGAAAGAAGAGCACUGCACGACAUUAACUUUUCCGCACACAAGGGAGAGCUGUCGUGUAUUGUUGGGCGGGUAGGUGCCGGAAAGUCGUCAAUGCUGCAAGCAUUGCUCGGGGAUCUUUGGAAGAUCAAGGGUGAAGUGGUAAUGCGUGGAAAAACUGCGUAUGUACCGCAAUCAGCGUGGGUAAUGAAUGCAUCUGUCAAGGAAAACAUUGUCUUUGGUCAUCGUUGGGACCCACAGUUCUACGACAAGACUGUCAAAGCAUGCGCUCUCCUGGACGACUUUGCGUCGCUCCCUGACGGGGACCAAACCGAAGUCGGCGAACGAGGCAUUUCACUCUCUGGUGGCCAGAAGGCAAGACUUACGCUUGCUCGUGCUGUGUACGCCCGAGCUGACGUCUACUUACUCGACGACUGCUUGUCGGCAGUGGAUCAGCAUGUCGGAAGACAUCUCAUUGAUAAUGUUCUCGGUCCGAAAGGUCUUUUGGCUGGAAAGACGCGAGUUCUAGCGACAAACUCGAUCCCGGUCCUCAUGGAAUCAGAUAUGAUUGUGCUUCUGAGAGAAGGCAAGAUUCUCGAGAAGGGCACCUACGAUCAGCUCAUGGCCAUGAAGGGUGAAAUCGCUCAGCUGAUACGGUCGUCACAGAACGAAGAUCAGAGUGAGGCCGACAGCAAGACAUCCGAGAGUGUCACAAGCGACGAGGAAACUACUGUAUACGGCACCAGCCCAACGUCAGAGGACGAAGAUGAUGGUGAAGCAGAGGCAGUUCAAGGAGGACUGCCCCAGCUGGCUCCAUUGAGGCCUGCCAACGGUGCGUCUCGCAAAGCAAGCAACAUGACGCUCCGGCGCGCGAGCACGGCUACCUUCCACGGCCCUCGCGGUAAGGUGACCGACGAGGAGGGCGCCGGCCUCAAGAGCAAGCAAACAAAAGAGUUCUCCGAGCAAGGCAAGGUCAAAUGGAACGUGUAUGGCGAAUAUGCUAAGACGAGUAAUCUUGCUGCGGUGUCAAUUUACGCGGUGAUGCUUAUAGGGGCUCAGACGGCGCAGAUCGGUGGGAGCGUGUGGCUCAAGCAGUGGUCUGAAGCCAACGGCGAGGCACAUGGGAACCCACACGUGGGGCGAUACAUCGGAGUAUAUUUCGCUUUUGGCUUCGGGUCAGCCACGCUGGUCGUGGUGCAAACUCUCAUCCUCUGGAUUUUCUGCUCUAUUGAGGCUUCUCGCAAGCUCCAUGAGCGGAUGGCUUAUGCUAUCUUCCGCUCGCCAAUGAGUUUCUUUGAGACGACACCUGCCGGCAGGAUCUUAAACCGCUUUUCAAGUGAUAUCUAUCGCGUCGAUGAAGUUCUUGCGCGAACGUUCAAUAUGCUCUUCGUGAACACGGCCAGAGCCGCAUUCACCCUUGUCGUCGUCUCCAUCUCGACGCCUAUCUUCAUCGCCUUGAUCAUCCCGCUUGGCGCCCUCUACUUGUACAUCCAGCGGUACUAUCUCCGGACUAGUAGAGAGCUUAAGCGCCUAGACAGCAUUAGCAGAAGCCCCAUCUACGCCCACUUCCAGGAGUCGCUUAGCGGAAUAAGCACCAUUCGCGCCUAUCAUCAGCAGCCUAGAUUCGCCCAGGAGAAUGAAUGGCGCGUGGAUGCCAAUCUCAGGGCUUACUUCCCGUCCAUCAAUGCCAACAGGUGGCUUGCCGUGCGCUUGGAGUUCAUUGGCUCUGUCAUCAUUCUGGCAUCUGCAGGGUUUGCUAUCAUUUCAGUGUCAAGCCAUAGCGGCCUGUCAGCUGGUAUGGUUGGUCUGGCCAUGUCGUAUGCACUGCAGAUCACGCAGUCACUGAAUUGGAUUGUGCGUCAGACCGUUGAAGUCGAAACCAACAUCGUCUCUGUGGAGCGGGUCCUGGAGUACGCAGCGCUGCCAAGCGAAGCCCCCGAGAUAAUUUCAAAGAAGCGACCUCCCAUAAGCUGGCCCUCUCAGGGCGCCGUGUCUUUUGAAAAUUACAGCACGAGAUAUCGCGAAGGCUUGGAUCUCGUGCUAAAGAACAUUAACCUUAAGAUUAAGGCGCACGAGAAGAUUGGUGUUGUGGGUCGCACAGGUGCGGGGAAGAGCUCCCUCACCAUGGCUCUUUUCCGCAUUAUCGAGCCCACGGAAGGUUGCGUGAGUAUCGACGAUUUGAACACGAGUACGAUUGGCUUGUUGGACCUUCGCAGACGACUGGCGAUUAUUCCCCAGGAUGCCGCGCUAUUCGAGGGUACGGUCCGAGACAAUCUGGACCCAGGUCACGUUCACGAUGACACAGAGCUAUGGAGCGUCCUAGACCAUGCGAGAUUACGAGAUCAUGUUGCCAGCAUGCCAGGCAGACUCGAAGCUCGCAUCAACGAAGGAGGUUCAAACUUGAGCUCAGGGCAAAGACAACUGAUAUCCCUGGCGCGGGCCCUCCUGGCUCCUAGCAACAUUCUGGUGUUGGACGAAGCGACGGCUGCCGUUGAUGUUGAAACGGAUGCACUGCUGCAGACAACCCUCCGAAGCAGUAUUUUCAGGGAUCGCACGAUCAUCACGAUUGCUCACCGCAUUAACACAAUUCUAGACUCGAAUCGGAUCGUCGUGCUUGAUCACGGUACGGUGGCUGAGUUCGACACUCCGGCAGAGCUAGUUCGUCGCAAGGGCCUAUUCUACGAACUUGUCAAGGAGGCGAAUCUGCUGAACAAUGUCCUCGAUGUGACGCAAUAA